UAUGCAGAGGAAGACACAACAUGCGGCAUAAAUGUACAAGACUCAACAUGGCAACAACAUAACAGAAUUCCAAUAUAUGCAAAGAUAGAUAACAGACGUGAUGGUCCUCAGACACGGGAACUGACAAUUGGUAUGUCCGUAGUACAAGGCGCAAAAGAAUCUCAGUACAUUGAGCUAGAAAGGUGCAAUGUUCAUAUUGAAGACAGACUAAGGUUAGGAACAUGUUCAACGCUGAAUGAUCCUCAUCUGUCUACCUUUGACACAUGGAAUUAUGAGAAUCACUUUGAAGGCCAUUUUGUUCUAUACAAACACAAGACCCUACCGUU